CAAAAAAUAAUCAGUUACAAAUCUCACACUUUUGCUUCUUACUGUAUAUUCACUACAUAAUACCUACGUGUGGCAAUUUCAUUUUGCAACUGAAUUUGUUCAUGUCAAGAAACAGUUGUAUCGUUAAAAUAAAAUGAAUAAAUCAUGAGAAUAUUUGAAACUUGAGUAUCAUAACAUAAUGUUUAGUUAGGUUAUGUUUCAGUUAGUGACAAAUCUCACAGUUACGUAGCCGUAAUGGUAAGAUAGCGUAUAUUUUUAUUACUUGGGAAAUACAUAAAGUGGCCUUUAUAUGCAUGUAUUAUAUGGAAUACAAAUAAAACUAUCGUAAAAAGCAAGGUUAAACUUCUUCGGAAAAAAGUACCGCCCUUUAUUAUCAUUACUUCUCUUUUAAAGAAUUUUUAUUGAAACGAGCGGAAUUGUCAAUCAUUUUCAAUUUGAUAAUUGGAUUAAGUUGUUAUAGAAAGUGAAAAAUGCCAGGAGAACCAUCUAUAGCAACUGGAAACAAAUCUUCAGGAAAAAUCAAACGAAUUUCUAUACCAAGAGUACAAAGCAGUACAGAUACAGAAUUGCAGUCUCAAAGUGGUUCUACACCUUUGCAAUCAAAUGCACUCCACUUUGCUGCAUUUCGUAUAGACCCAGACGAUAGUGUACUACCACCUGCUUUACGAUGUCGGCUAUUGGAUUUGUUUCAGCAGAUAGAGAAGGAGUUUGAAAUUCUGUAUACAGAAAACUUAGGAUUGCAAGAGAAAGUCGAUGCUCUUAAUGAAAAGCUUGAAAGAGAAUGUUAUGGUUCUGGAGAACGGAGCUUACCUCUUGGGGAUGUUGCAGAUUUCCCAGACACAAAAAGUCUUUCAAAACAAAAAUCUAUGGCAGGGAAUUCAACACAGAAAACAAAAACAACUUCAAACAAGUUGAAAGCACAGACAAGCAAGAUUGUUUCCAGUUUCAAAACACCGACUAUGACAUGUAGUAUGCAAAGAGAAUAUUCUGGUCAUAGAGACGGUGUUUGGGAAGUUUCUGUUGGGAGAUUAGGUCAAAUUAUUGCUACAGCUUCUGCCGAUCAUACAGCUCGAGUAUGGGCUGUAGAUAGUGGACGUUGUUUACUACAAUAUAUAGGACAUUCUGGUUCCGUUAACUCUGUUCGCUUUCAUCCAACCAAAGAAUUAGCACUAACGUCCAGUGGGGACAACUCUGCUCAUGUAUGGCAAGCAGCCGUUGAUUGGGACUUUCCUAAAAGACAAAAUUCAAAUGAAGACCUUUCGGUAUUAUCUUCUGAUAAAAAUGUCAGUGGCGUAAUACCUAUUAACGAGGAGCAGGAAGAGCCACCAACCCUGAGAACUCCAGUUCGAGAAUUGUUUGGUCAUACAGGCGUGGUGAUGUCUGCAGACUGGUUACCUGAUGCAGAACAGGUGGUAACAGCUUCUUGGGAUAGAACAGCUAAUCUUUAUGAUAUAGAAACUGGAGAUAUUAUACACACAUUAUGUGGUCAUGAUCAAGAACUGUUUCACGUCUCCACCCAUCACACACAAAGACUCUGUGUCACUUCAAGCAAGGAUAGUACUUUUCGUUUGUGGGACUUCAGGGAACCUGUUCAUUCAGUGUCUGUUUUUCAGGCUCACACAGAGACAGUAACAUCAGCUGUAUUUACACGGGAGGAUAAAAUCGUGUCAGGUUCGGACGAUCGAACUGUAAAAGUAUGGGAAUUACGAAAUAUACGAAGUCCUUUAGCCACAAUUCGUGGCGACAGUGCUGCAAAUCGUUUGGCUGUUUCCAGUACUGGUAUUGUUGCAAUUCCACACGACGAUAGGCAGAUAAGGUUAUUCGAUCUAAGUGGUCAACGAUUAGCUAGAUUACCUAGAACAAGUAGGCAGGGUCAUCGAAGGAUGGUUUCGUCGGUAGCUUGGACUCAAGACAAUGGGGUCUGCAACUUAUUCUCUUCUGGCUUUGACAGAUUAGUUCUUGGAUGGAGCAUUGUGCAUCUUAAAGAAUAUUGAACAAAUAUAUAAAUAUGUGUACUUAAAAAUCAAAUAGAAGAUCAAUAUUUCGCAGUGUUUUAAA